AUGUCCUCUCCAGAUAUUAAAUCAGCUAAAGCUGAUAUUUCUCAUAUAGAAAUCCAAGAUGUCAAUGAUUCAAAAUUAGUUGAUGAUCAUGACAUUACCAAUUUAGAUUCUUCAAAAGGACAAGAUCAAGAUCUUGAAUAUUAUGAUCUUCCUGAAUCUCUUCAACAUUUGACUCAAGAUGAAUUACGUGAAUUAGAUAGGAAAACCACUAGAAAAAUCGAUUUAAGAUUAAUGCCCAUGUUAAUUUAUAUUUAUAUCUUAAAUUAUUUAGAUAGAAAUAAUAUUGCUUCGGCAAGAUUAGGUGGAUUAGAAGAAGAUUUAGGAUUAGUUGGUACUCAAUAUCAAACAUGUAUUUCAAUUUUAUUUGUUGGUUAUAUUAUUUUCCAAAUUCCUUCUAAUAUGUUAUUAAAUAAAUUAGGAAGACCUUCGUUAUAUAUCUCAACUUUAAUGACUCUUUGGGGGGUUCUUUCAACUUGUACUGGUGCUGUAAAGAAUUUUAAAGGAUUAUUAACAGUUAGAAUCUUAUUAGGUAUAAUUGAAUCUGGUUUUUUCAGUGCUGCUUUGGCAACUCUUUCAAAUUGGUAUGAUAAAAAGAGUCUUUCAUUCCGUAAUUCGAUUCUUUAUUCUGGUUCUUUAAUGAGUAGUGCUUGGAGUGGUUUAAUUGCUGCUGGGAUCUUAGAUAAUAUGGAUGGUUUGGGUGGUUUAAGAGCUUGGAGAUAUUUAUUCUUUAUUGAAGGAGCUAUUACGGUGGUAUCAGUCCCAUUUGCUUAUUUUGUCUUACCUGAUAAUCCUUCAAAUACUAAAUUCUUAAAUCAACAAGAAAAAGAUAUUAUUCAAUGGAAAAUGAAAAGAGAUAUUGGUACAUCUGAUUCUGAUGAAGAAGCUCAAGAAUCAACCGUUACUGGUCUUUUCUUAGCCGUUAAAGAUUUAAAAGUUUGGUUAGUAACCCUUAUUUUAACUUUCUUAGUGGCCGCUUGUGGUGUUACUAAUUUCUUCCCAUCAGUAGUUCAAACUUUAAAUUUCAAUGAUACCGUUACGUUAUGUUUAACUGCUCCUCCAUAUUGUAUUGCAGUGGUUGCAACUUAUCUUUGGGCAAGACAUGCUGAUAAAACAGGAGAAAGAUUCUUACAUGUAACUAUACCAUUAGUUGGAGCUUUAAUAGCAUUCAUAAUUUCUGCAUCAACAUUAAAUACCGGGGCAAGAUAUUUUGCCAUGUGUUUAAUGAUUCCAUCAUUAUAUUGUUCAUUUACGAUUAUUUUAUCAUGGAUGUCAAAUUGUUGUCCAAGACCACCAGCCAAAAGAGCAGUUGCUCUUGCCUUAAUGAAUUGUAUUUCUAAUUCAACAUCAAUCUGGAAUGCUUAUUUAUAUCCUUCAAGUUCUGCUCCAAGAUAUCUUACUGCUUUCGUAUGUAAUUGUGUUUUCAUCUUAUGUGCUAUUGUUUUUGCAGUAAUUUUAAGAAUCAGAUUAGUCACCUUAAACAAGAGAAUUGCCACAGGUACCAUCAAUUGGCAAAAGGAAUUAGGUCAUGGUAAUGAUUCUUCCAAGAUAAAUUCUGACUUCAGAUUCUUAUUCUAG